CCAAGAUCAAAAGUCUGAGGUUGUGAGUGUCAGUCAGUGUGUCUGAUCACACUGAUCUGAAAGGCUUCUGGUGUCUGCAGAGAGAAUGAUAACUUCCGAAACAUUAAUUUGGUUCUUCAGUAAUUGAAGGGGAAAGUCUUUUGUCCUUUAGGGAUGUAUCGUCGUCUUUUCGUGGUUGCCGGUCUGCUGUCAUCCUAUAUGGGUGGAUCCCCUGCUCAGGAUCAGCCAGUGCACGUUCUUGCCUUUGCUGGUGGAGAUGUUAUUCUACCGUGCAGUUUCCAUAUCUCUGACAAGGAAGACUUUCCGACUGUUGAGUGGUCCAAGGAAGGCUUGAAGCCAGAUGUUGUCUUCUUGUACCGGGAUGGCUGUGAGGCCUACGAGAUGAAGAAUCCAGCCUUCGAAUACAGGACAAGCCUCAUCAUGAAAGAGCUCAAAGAUGGAAACAUCUCAUUACGGAUCUCCAAUGUGCAGGUGCCUGAUGCUGGAAAGUACCAGUGCCUCAUAUUCCAGAAAAAUGUCGCCAGGAAGGUUACAACAGUGGAGCUGUUUGUGGUGGCUGUUUCUGAGCCAAGGCUUUCAGUGAUUUCAGCAGAGGGUGAUGCCAUAACUUUGCAUUGUGAAGCAAACUGCUGGCUGCCAGAGCCUCAGGUAACAUUUCUGGAUGACAAUGGAAAAAACAUCUAUGGGGAAAACCCCAAAGGACAACAAGAUGCCCGUGGAUAUUUCACUGUGACACGAAGAGCCACUCUGCAAAGAGCUACCAGCAGUGUCACCUGCAGAGUUCAUCAACCAGAGUUUAACCAGACCAGGGAAACAAAGAUCCUCAUACCAGGUGUCUGCAUGAAGUCUGAUCCUCACACUAUCGCCAUCACCAUUGGAGGAACAGCACUGUUUUUCUUAGUUGCAGCUGGAGUCGUUGCCCUUUCAUGCAUAAAAUGCUUCAGAUUUGGUGAACAUGCUGCACAUGGUAAACAGAGGCAGGUUCUAGCAUUUGCUGGUGGAGAUGUUAUUCUACCAUGCAACUUCAGGAUCUCUGACAGCACUGACUUUCCGACUGUUGAGUGGUCCAAAGAAGGUCUGAACCCAGACGUGGUCUUCCUGUAUCGGGAUGGCUGUGAGACCUACGAGAUAAAGAAUCCAAUCUUUGAGUACAGGACAAGCUUGAUCAUGAAAGAACUGAAAGAUGGAAACAUCUCAUUAAGGAUCUCCAAUGUGAAAAUGUCUGAUGCAGGGAAGUACAAAUGCCUCAAGCUCUGGAAGAAAGCUCCUCGGGAGGUCACAGAAGUGGAGCUUGUUGUUGGUGCAGUCUCGGAGCCAAAGCUCUCAGUGGUUUCGGUUGAAAGAUGUGGGGUGACUGUGCAGUGUGAGGUGAACUUCUGGCCAACAGAGCCUCAGGUAACAUUUCUGGAUCACCAAGGAAACGACAUCCCUGCUCAAAGUUCAGAAAGAGAUCGAGAUGCCAGCGGACGUUUCAUCGUCAAACAAAGAGUUACUCUGCAGGAAGGAAACAGCAGCAUCACCUGCAGGGUUCACCAGCCAGAGAUGAACCAGACCAGAGAGACAAAGAUCCUCAUAUCAGCCACCUGCAGCUCCGACAUUUGCACCGCUGCCUUUGCUGCUGGAGGAUUGGCUUCUGUCUUAUUUUCAGCUAUAUUAGCUCUACUGAUAUAUAAGGAACACAAUAAAUCAACCCAAAAAAAGAAGCGUCUUCACAGGAAGUCAUCAGACCAAAGAAAGAAUAGCAGCACUGAAAAUAUGUUAAACAGUUUAACUGAGCAGCUAAAAGAAAGAUUGGCUGGACUCAAGUCAGAGCUUCAGGAGAAAGAAGAGAUCAUUCGCCAGCUAAAAAGAAAUGAUCAGCCGUCUCGAGCUGUUGCUACCCAGCAUGACCAACCAAUUUGGGGCCUUUUCACGUCCAAACCACACAUCCCCAAAAAACCUUUCAAUCAUUAUUCUGACCUUGACUCCAACGCUAGUUACUGUGCUGAUGACUAUCAUCCAAAAUUCACAGCUUCAACCAAAACUUACCCUCCAAAAUCUGGCAGCUUACACCACAAAGGUUCACAUUUAGGAGUCAAGAGGCAAAACAGCAAUCCAGCACCGGGCCAACCAAUCCAAAGAAAACAUCGCAACAGAAGUAGUCCUGCUAUUAUGUCUUUAGCGUUACCUAGCUUGUCUUUAACCAGCAAUGCAGAGAAAAUGCUGGACCACAUUAGCAGCUCAAAGAGUGAGGCUGAAGCCCUGCUAGAUCAAGAUGCAUUCUCGCCACUGCAUAGAAGUUAUUCAGCAGGUUCUCAUUUAGCUUGCAAUAAUAACCGCUUUUAUGCACUGGAAGAUUUAACUGAAGAGUCAUGAGCUGCCAAUUCACAAAAGGAGAACAAAAACUGGAAAACUUUCAGUUAGCAUCUACUAAUGACUGCAUCUUAGCCAGAUGU